UUUUUCAUCUUUGAAAUAGUAAUUUUAGACUGUUUUUUUUUUUUUUUUGGAGACUCUUGUUUUGUUCACCCGUUUGCACACUUUGGCCCCCAAAGGAGUGAAAUUAUGAUGUAAUAUAGUUAACUAAAUGAGAAAUUGGACUUUGUUUGCUUGAAUUAACAAGAAACUUUGCUCAUGCCGUAAAGCUCGACAUAAGUCACACACACUCGCACACAUCAGUCAGCAGUGUUGUUAUCGCCUCGAAAGGUCAAACAGACAAGGAGUGCAGCGGUUGCUAUAGUGACCUGGGUAAACACAGGAGAACCAUUGUAGUCUUCCUCUACCGUCUUGGCCUGACCUGGCUGAAUUGUUGGUUUUGGAUGCACGGCCUCCUGUCCAGCCCUGUGUGUCUGACAGUCAUCUGGUUUCUAUCUUGGUCACUGCGUUCCAGUUGUGCUCAGAUUUGGAAUGGUGAAGUGUCAGGCUUGCAGUAUGGCCGUCUGGGUUCCAACAUAACCUUGGCUUGUGGGAAGUCGCAACACAGUAGGACAUCAGUGAUGUGGCUUCACAACCAGAAAGAAGAGCUGCCAUGGCACAAAGUCACAUCAGACGGAAAGUUAGUCCUCCUGCAGGCCAGUCAGUCAGCACAGGGCAAUUACAGCUGCCAUAGCGACGAGGGGUCCCACCUCCAUUCCAUCAGCCUCAUGCUGGGCCACCCCCCUGAGCAGCUAAACGUUAUAUGUCGAAUGCCUAAUCACUCGUAUAUUCACUGCUCCUGGGUGGAAUCGGUAAAUACGCUCCUGCCAGCCAAGUACAAUGCCUCCUUCAGGGGGUCGCACGAGGACUGGAAGCCGUGUGUGGUGGACGCAUCUCAAAAGCACUGUGAAGUCAUCCUCCCUGCCUUCUGGCAGGUCUACCACAUACUCGCUGUCACACAGACCAACGCUCUCGGCUCUCACACCACACUCGACCGAAUUAAACUGGAUAAGCUGUUGAAACCAGACCCUCCAGAGCUUUUAAGGGUGGAACAGCUGGAAGGCUUCCCAAGGCGGCUGAAUGUGUCGUGGUCCUAUCCGUCUUCAUGGGCUCGGCUGGAUGCUUACCCUCUACACUUUCAGAUCAACUACAGGCCUCAGGGCUCCAAAUACUGGUCACAGGCUGUCAUUUGGGACACCUCAGUGGUUCUGUAUGACGCUCUGGAGGGCUACGUCCACGAGGUUCAGGUUCGAGCUCAGGAUCAGGUGAACUCGGACAGCCAGUGGAGUGAAUGGACCAACUUGAUCUUGGCCAAACCCUGGGAAGCUGAGAGUAAAGAGGAUGAAGACUCUGAAGAGAUGGAAGUCACCGAGAACUAUGAUAUAGUCUCUUCCUACACAGAGUUUGAACCCUCCCACAACUUUGAACCGCAGGACGAUGGCGAUCUGGGCCUGAUGAUUCUCCUCAUUUGUUUCUCUGUGUUGAUCCUCACCACCGUCCUCUCCCUCAUUCUAGUCAUGUGGAUGAGACGGAGGCGCCGUAAUCACGACACAAAACAAGGACCCAGCUCUAUGGUCAAGAUGAAGUCCAUGCCGAUCUAGUGCUAUCCUCACAGACCGCAUACAGCCUUUCAAAUUCAAGGUCGGUUCAGUCGACACCUCCAACUGUCCACAUUCAGUCCCUCCGUGACGGCCCACAGAAAUGUUCGUAACGAAGGAGGAUUUUUGCAAACUUCUUUAGAGACGUUCAGAGCUGUGAUCUGCUCCUGCUACCCAUAAUGCAUCAGCAAACUCCUAAAAUUAAGUUGAACUGAUGAAGCGGAGUCCUCAGCUUUCCUGGUGAGUGUGCCUUUUGAACUUUGAAGUGCAGCUGCCAAACAGGAGAACAAAGGAUUGUGGGACAACUUGCUGCUCAGAUUUCACACACUUUGGUCUGAUCACCUCAGAAAGAACGAGUUCGUAAACGUCCAAUCUUGCGUUGAUUGACCGACCGACUGAAAGCUUUGAAGAUCAAAGCCAAAGCAUCCGUGAUGGGCAUUAUGGCCUCUGCCCCCCCCAUCCUAAAGUCUAAGACGGACUUUAUCUCUGUUGAAUGUUGUGUCUUCUCAUAUUUCACCUAUUUUGUCUCGUAUUUCUAUAAUUUUUUUUUUUUGUGCCUUUUUUCAUCCAUCGUGUGUAAAAGUGGAUUAAAGAUGAAAGAGGGAUUUUGGCCUUUCACACAUCA